AUGCUAGGGCCCACAGGCAUUAAUUUUAAACUAUCAUGUGCUGCUAAGAAGGGUCAUGAGGCCACUGUCAAGCUACUUCUUGCAAAGGAUGGAGUCAACCCAGACUCUAAGAUGGUCAAGCUGCUACUCGCGCAAGACAGCAUCAACCCAGAGUCUAAGGACAACAAUGGUCAGACACCCCUGGUGCUUGCUGCAGCAAAUGGGCAGAAGGGAAUGGUCGAGCUGCUGCUUGUUCAGGACAGCAUCAACCCAGACUCUAAAGACAAUAAGGGGCAGACACUGUUAUUGCAAGCCACAACAAAUGGGCAUGAAGGAGUGCGUAAUGUACUGCAACUACUGCUCAUGAUGGAGGGUAUUAACCUUGAGUCUAAGGACGCCAAUGGUCAGACACCAUUGUCGAAAGCUGCAGGGAAUGGGCACAGCGAGGUGGUCAAGCUGCUUCUGGAGAAUGGAUCAGAUCUCAAUGUCACCAACAAUGAUUCAAACCCACAUAGUGGAGAGUUUGGCUGUAUUUUACAAGGUGCUGUUUACUAUGGCUAUGAGGCAUUGCAGCAGCCAGACUUGAUCCAGAAGACGCUUGAGGAGUUUGCUCGGCUCUUGCUCGCCAGUAUCCAGAGUCAGCCUUUGGUAAUGAAUGACCAAGUAGAAAGAGGAUACAGGCCAAUUGUCUUCAUCGCGUUGUGCCUUGGUGGUAUCAUGUUAAUGGAGGCGCUUGUGGCUAUUAGUGAUAAGUAG